GACCGCAAUACACAGGAGCAAAUUCGAAAACGGCGCCAUAACCUGUUCAGAAGAAUCAAGGAAUUUCGUGAUCGCUACGAUAUCGAGACAUGGUGUACAAUGAGGAUGCCAAGCGGGCGGAUCUAUGUAUUCAACACAAAUCCGAAUGAGCCAUCUCCCCUCACGGAAGAGGUGGUAAGUUCUAUGAUGAUCGCUGCGACUAAAAAUUACUCAUCCAGCCUUGUAGGACCCUCAAUCGACAAUCAUCCA